AUGGCAGACAAGCCAGAUAUUUCGAUGGUUGACAACCGCAGCAUCGAAGAAGGCGAUCGCCCGGACAAGCAAAGCGCGUCUCGGGUCAUCGCCAACAUUCAUGUUCUCGGCCUGAACGAUGACGAUGCUGAGUUUUACGAGAGGUACCCCCCGGAGAGAAGGUCGAAGCUGGUCAGCAAGGUGGACUGGCGCCUCGUCCCGAUGCUUGCUUGCCUAUACCUUAUCUCUCAACUCGACCGGGCAAACAUAGGAAACGCGAAGAUCGAAGGCCUUGACAAGGACCUCGGCCUUUCUGGAGUCCAGUAUAAUAUUUGCAACUCUAUCUUCUUCGUCCCUUAUGUCCUCCUCGAGGUUCCCAGCAACGUCUUGCUCAAGAAGUUCAGCCGACCCUCACUCUCGGGGGCCUUCUCAGGCCUCCUCGCCGCCGGCAUCGCGGAAAUGGAUGGUGUCGGUGGAUAUAGUGGGUGGCAAUGGAUUUUCAUCCUGGAAGGCAUCCUGACCAUCGUCCUUGGGGUCAUGACUUUCUUCUUGCUGGUCGACUCACCCCGGCUCUCUGGAAAGUGGCUCAGCCCCGAAGAGAUCAGGUACUUGGAGCUCCAGACUUUCAUCAAGCAAGGUGGCCGCGUCAGCGAAGAGAAAGAACGAUUCCACUGGGGCGAGCUCAAGGCUGUCAUUACCAACCCAAGGGUUUACGGACAAGCUUACAUUCUUUUGGCUAUCUCUGCCUGCUCUUAUGGCAACAAGUUCACUCUUCCCUCGAUCACCAAGGCCAUGGGCUUCACCAACACCAACGCUCAGUUGAUGACGGCUCCUCCCUAUAUCGCCGGCGCCAUUUCAGCUCUUGUCUUCGCCCGGCUCUCCGAUCACUACUACUGGCGCAUGCCCUUCGUCGCCAUCCCUCUGAUGCUCAUUGCAGUUGCCUACAGCAUCAUUAUCUCAUUCAAAGGCGACCUUGCUGGACACGUUGGGGCAUCCAUGUUCAGCGCGAUAUUAGCAUGCAUUGGAAUCUAUCCCGUCCAACCGUCUGGUAGCUCAUGGAACGCCAACAACCUUGCGCCAGCCGGCCAGCGGGCUAUCGGUGUUGCAUUUGCUAUCUGCAUCGGUAACGUGGGAGGUAUCAUUGGAAGUUUUAUGUACCUGGAGAGCGAAGCGCCAGCCUACCCCACCGGCUUCGGCCUCGCGAUUGCUUUUGGCCUGUCUGGAGUCCUGGUUGCUCUGGGUCUGGAGGCAUCUUAUGUGUUUAGCAACAAGAAGAGGGCCAAGAUGUCUGAAGCGGAGAUUCGGGCGAUGUACAGCGAGGAUGAGCUUAUUGGCAUGGGUUCCAAGUCGCCACUGUUCAGCUUGUACGCUGCAAACUACGGAGGAACAGUGUCACACCUGUCCCUCGAGGAGAAGGAAGGUGUAUACACGUUCAGCCUCCUCGCCGAGACAAACGGCUGUGGCUACAACUCUGCCUGGAUGGAGUUGGACAAAUCCAGAAAUGUCCUAUUGUGCCUCAGUGAAGCUUACACCCUACAAAACGCCGGGUCUCUUGCAGCGCUGAACGCAGAGACGCUCGGCGUCACCAGCAACAUCACCACUUUAUUUGGGCCGGCAGCAGGGAACACGUAUGCGCCACAUCGCAUGGCCUUGGCUCACUACGCCGGCGCAGGUCUGUCUGUGAUCGAUACAAGCAACGCAAGCCACCUGGUCGAGCUGCAACGAUUCCAUUACGAGCAUAUCCUCCAGCCAGGACAGUACCCGCCACUCCAAAACCAGUCCUACAAUCAUGGCACCGCCUUUGACCCCACAGGUCAGUUUGUUGUUGCUUUCGACCGUGGCGCCGAUGUCAUUCGGAAGUACAGAGUCGGCACCUGGGACGGACGGUUAGUUGAACUCGGGCCCCAGCCUUUGGACCCCGGUAGUUCGACGAACGGUGCUCGGCACGGUGUUUUCGUGGAAGGCAACGCCGGAAAGACUUUCUUGUAUGUGCUCGGCGAGCUGACUAGCUCCCUAUUCGGAUUCGAGGUCAUUUACCACGACAGCUCCGGCGAUUUGGACUUCAGACCCAUCUACAAGGCCAGCAUCUUCCAAACCGGCUUCAGAGAGGGCCUCGGACUCGACAUAUCUAUUCCCGCGGAGAUUUCGCUUGCGGAGCGCAAUCACCUCAUAGUGUCUUCGAGGAAUGACACUCAAAGUGUAUAUCAGGGAGAGACGAGCGACACGCUGGUCACGUACGAGGUCGACCUCGACUCUGGCGGCCUGAGGCUCGUUCAACUCUCCGCAUCCGGGGGUAAGUGGCCACGCAGUUUCUCCGUGAGCGCAGACGGGACGUUGAUUGCGGUGGGGAACCAAUACUCGACACCGGGGAGGAUUUCAGUUUUUAGCAGGGACCCCGAGACAGGCAUCAUCAGUGACGAGAAGGCGGUCGCUGAAUGGACCUCAGAUCUUGCGUUGCCGGAUGGUGGCAGCUGGUCCAUGGUGCUGUGGGAUGAGUGA